GGCUUCGGAAAAAUAACUCAUAUAUUUUUUUUCAAAAUUCCACUGAUUAUAGCGUUCCAAGUGUUUCUGGAAUUAAGAGACAUUUCCACAAAGCGAUUCAUAGACAAGCAUUCAUCCAAUAUCCAGGGAAGUUAAAUGGCAGUCAUGGCUCCGAUUUUGCACAGUGGAUACAUCGAACAGAAGCAGUAUGUUAAAAACCCUCAUCUGGACAACAUGGAGGAGGACAUCCUCUACCACUUUAACCUGGGCACCAAGACCCACAACCUGCCUGCCAUGUUCGGAGACAUCAAGUUUGUGUGUGUGGGAGGCAGUGCCAACAGAAUGAGAUCUUUUGCUCAGUUCAUCCAUCAGCAGCUGGAGCUCCCGGGCGAUGCUGAUGAUAUCAGAGAUAUCUGCGAAGGAACUGAUCGCUACUCCAUGUACAAAGUGGGACCUGUGCUUUCAAUCAGUCAUGGUAUGGGAGUGCCGUCCAUUUCCAUAAUGUUGCAUGAACUGAUCAAGCUCCUGUACCACGCCCACUGCAGUGAUGUCAUGCUGUUUCGCAUCGGCACCUCAGGAGGCAUCGGUCUUGCUCCAGGCACGGUUGUGAUCACCGAUAAAGCAGUGGACUCUUUCUUCAGGCCGCAGUUUGAGCAGGUGGUUCUGGGUAAGGUGAUCACCAGGAGCACUGAGCUGGAUAAAGACAUGGCAGAAGAGCUCCUGCAGUGUUCCACUGAGCUGCACAACUUCCCCGCCAUCAUCGGCAACACCAUGUGCACACACGACUUCUAUGAAGGCCAGGGCAGACUAGACGGUGCUCUGUGCUCGUUCUCCACCGAGGAGAAGCUGGAGUAUCUGAGAAAGGCGCAUGAGGCUGGCAUCAGGAACAUUGAAAUGGAGUCCACUGUCUUUGCUGCCAUGUGUGGUGUCUGCAACAUUAAAGCGGCAGUGAUCUGUGUGACUCUGUUGAACCGGUUGGAGGGGGAUCAGAUCUCCACGCCCCAUGAUGUGCUGCUGGAGUACCAGCAGAGACCUCAGUACCUGGUGGCUCAUUUCAUCAAGAAACACUUGGCACUCAUCUGAACACUUACUGUACAUGUUGAUGUGUCUGAUCUCUUAAUUUCGUGGUUUAAAAGGUAUUGCAGCAUUUUCCGACCCAAAUCUCUUUCUCCUUUAAAGCAUAUGUUUGAUUAUCAGGGACAUUCAUUUCCACAGAUAUUAAGAAACAGAGAUGGACAAAGAGACAGACGAAUAGAGAGGCAGCUAAAUAAAUAAACAAAAUAAACAGACAAAAACAAAUAUAUAAUAAAUAAAAAAUAAAUAUUUUUAGUUAAACCUACCCUAGUUUCUGCAUAACAGGAAAAAAACCUACAAAUAUCUGUAUAUAAUGUGUAUAAGAAGCAUUUUUCAGUGUGGUGUUUGGACUGCUGCACAAACGUGUACAUAAGUUGUAGAUAUAUUAAACACUUUAUUUGUAUUGUUACUUACUGUAACACAGUAGUUGACUUUGACCUUUAAUGCUUUUGAAUUUCAUAAUAUGUUUUUCCCGUGGUGUUUAAAUGUCUUUUGAAAAGUGCACAAUCAAAUGUAUGAAAUAAAUUA